AUGAGUCGUAGGGUGCGGCGGAAGGUGGCUAGGAAGGGGAAGGAGAAGGUGGUUUUGCCUUGUUAUCCAGAAAUUGAGGAAGAAGUUUCAGGUUCAGUGCAAAAUUGGAUUGUUGAUUGGACUAGUUUGCCAGAUGAUACAGUAAUCCAGUUGUUUUCGUGUCUGAACUAUCGUGAUCGGGCAAGCUUAUCAUCAACUUGCAAAACAUGGAGAGUUCUUGGAAUUUCUCCAUGUUUGUGGACCUCUUUGGAUCUUAGGGCACACAAAUGCAAUGAUGCCAUGGCAGCUUCACUUGCUGCAAGAUGUGUGAAUCUUCAGAAGCUUAGGUUUCGGGGAGCAGAAUCUGCUGAUGCAAUAUUGCAUCUUCAGGCCAGGAAUUUACGUGAAAUAAGUGGUGAUUACUGCAGAAAAAUAACUGAUGCUACACUUUCUGUGAUUGUGGCUCGGCACGAGGCACUUGAAAGCCUCCAGCUUGGGCCAGAUUUCUGUGAAAGGAUCAGCAGUGAUGCUAUAAAAGCAAUAGCUAUUUGCUGUCCUAAAUUGAAAAAGCUUCGACUUUCGGGAAUUAGGGAUGUUCAUGCUGAUGCUAUUAUUGCUUUAACUAAGCAUUGUCAAAAUUUGACUGAUAUUGGGUUCAUAGACUGUCUGAACAUUGACGAGAUGGCAUUGGGAAAUGUUUUAUCAGUUCGUUUUCUCUCUGUCGCAGGGACGUCAAAUAUGAAAUGGGGUGUGGUUUCACAUCUUUGGCAUAAGUUGCCUAACUUGACUGGGCUAGAUGUUUCAAGAACUGAUAUUGGUUCAGCUGCUGUUUCACGGUUAUUAUCAUCAUCACAGAGUUUGAAGGUUUUAUGUGCCUUGAAUUGUCCUGUGCUUGAAGAAGACACCAACUUUGCUCCUCUCGACAUUACAAAGAAAGGGAAGAAUGUGUUUUUGGAUUGGAGGAAUUCAAAGAACAAGGAUAAGAACUUGGAUGACAUAAUGACUUGGAUUGAGUGGAUUCUCUCUCAUACUCUUUUGCGCAUUGCUGAGAGCAAUCAACAGGGUUUAGAUGUUUUUUGGCUCAAGCAAGGCGCAUCAUUGUUGCUCAAUUUAAUGCAAAGCUCACAAGAGGAUGUUCAAGAAAGGGCAGCUACAGGACUUGCAACUUUUGUUGUUAUUGAUGAUGAAAAUGCUAGCAUAGAUUGCGGGAGGGCUGAAGCGGUUAUGCAGGAUGGUGGCAUAUGCCUUCUCCUAAACCUAGCAAAAUCUUGGAGGGAAGGGCUCCAGUCAGAGGCUGCUAAGGCUAUAGCAAACUUGUCUGUUAAUGCCAAUGUUGCAAAAGCUGUUGCUGAGGAAGGAGGAAUCAAUAUUCUCGCGGGUUUGGCAAGGUCUAUGAACAGGCUGGUUGCAGAAGAGGCUGCUGGAGGACUCUGGAAUCUUUCUGUUGGAGAAGAGCACAAGGGUGCCAUUGCGGAGGCCGGUGGAGUAAAAGCUUUAGUUGAUCUUAUCUUCAAAUGGUCCUCUGGUGGUGAUGGAGUUCUGGAACGUGCAGCUGGUGCACUGGCGAAUUUAGCUGCUGAUGACAAGUGUAGCACAGAGGUUGCAGUGGCAGGUGGUGUGCAGGCUUUGGUGAUGCUUGCUCGUAACUGCAAGUUUGAGGGAGUACAAGAGCAGGCUGCCCGUGCCUUGGCGAAUUUGGCUGCUCAUGGAGAUAGUAAUAGUAAUAAUGCUGCAGUUGGACAAGAGGCAGGUGCUCUUGAAGCACUAGUUCAGCUUACACAAUCUCCUCAUGAAGGUGUCAGGCAAGAGGCAGCUGGUGCAUUGUGGAAUCUAUCGUUCGAUGACAGAAACCGAGAAGCAAUUGCUGCAGCUGGUGGUGUUGAGGCCUUGGUUGCUCUUGCACAAGGCUGCUCAAACGCCUCCCCAGGUCUUCAAGAAAGGGCUGCUGGUGCUCUUUGGGGAUUGUCAGUGUCAGAAGCCAAUAGCAUUGCCAUUGGACGGGAAGGAGGUGUUGUGCCUUUGAUUGCAUUGGCAUGUUCUGAAGCUGCAGAUGUCCAUGAAACAGCUGCAGGUGCUCUUUGGAAUCUUGCUUUUAACCCUGGUAAUGCUCUCCGUAUUGUGGAAGAAGGAGGUGUUCCUGCUCUUGUUAAUCUUUGUUCUUCAUCGGUGUCAAAAAUGGCUCGCUUCAUGGCUGCAUUGGCAUUGGCGUACAUGUUUGAUGGCAGAAUGGAUGAAUUUGCCUUGAUAGGGACUUCAUCAGAAAGCAUCUCAAAGAGUGUGAGCUUAGAUGGCUCUAGAAGGAUGGCUCUUAAGCACAUUGAGGCCUUUGUCCUCACAUUUUCUGAUCAACAAACGUUUUCUGCUGCUGCAGCAUCAUCAGCCCCUGCAGCAUUGGCACAAGUGACCGAAGGUGCUCGUAUUCAAGAAGCAGGACAUCUGAGAUGCAGCGGGGCUGAAAUUGGAAGAUUUGUUACCAUGCUACGGAAUCCAUCAUCUGUUCUCAAGGCAUGUGCUGCAUUUGCUCUUCUUCAGUUUACCAUUCCUGGUGGCCGGCAUGCCAUGCACCAUGCCAGCCUUAUGCAGAAUGCAGGAGCAGCACGUGUUCUGCGGGCUGCAGCUGCUGCGGCAACUGCUCCGCUUGAAGCCAAAAUCUUUGCUAGAAUUGUGCUUCGCAAUCUUGAGCAUCACCAUAUAGAACCAUCACUCUAA